AUGAAAGCUACCAUAUGGUCCUACGAAGUUCUAGUUAUAAUGGAUUUUUCAAAAAUACCUAAAGAACUCGCCCAUUUAAAUGUGUUCUUGAGAUGCGCUACAGAUCAUUAUACAAAAGACCCCACUAUCACUUACUACUGUCUGCUUCAAGCAUUUCAGAGAGGUUUAAGUACAAACCAAAAAUCACCAUCUAUCAAAGUAUUUCUAUCAUCUCUUAUGGAUAAAUUGGAAGAAUUAAAACAAAAUAACUCAGAUCGUGAAGAAGUUAUGAAUGAAACAAUAGGAAUACCAUAUGUUGAACAGUAUGCCCUCAGAUUGUUUAAAGCCGCGUAUGGAAAAGACAUGAAUGGCGAUUUUGGACCUUCUACUGUGAAAUUAUUUCUUACAGCAGCGACACUGUUAGAUGUUGUUUCAGGAGUUGGAGAAGUUGGUGAUGAUAUUGAAAAGGCUAGAAAGUAUGCUAAAUGGAAGGCUGUUUACAUAAGUAAAUGCUUAAAAUCUGGAGAAGUUCCAGUUAGUGGUCCUAUUCCCGAUACUGAUGCAGCUUGCACUCCCAGUAUUACGGGACUAGUAGGUGUAGACGAUUUAUUUAACGAAAAACCAAGUGUACCGAAUGAAAAUACACCCACAAUACCCGACCAUACAUCAGGACAACCGUUUACUCCUGAGUCGUUCUCAGUUAGCAAUCACAUUUCAUCAAAACAGUGGCUAGACGUGGAAAAGGAUAUUAAAUACGCUUUAAGUGCAUCCAACUACCAGGAUAGAGAAACGACAGUGAAGUAUCUGACACAGGCUUUAAAAUCACUUGGAGUUAAGUUAUAGAUUAACAAAUUAUGAUAAUCCAGAAUCCGCCUUCAUUGUAAUUAACAAUUAUUUUCCAUUAUGAAAAUGACUUGCACAAAUGUGCUUACGCUAAUUUAUGUGUGAAUCGAUUACAUUUCUGAUAUUUUUAUAUCUCCACUG